GGAAAUUCGCAGCCCCGAACUCGUGCAGGCGCCCGCUCUUCAGCAUGCCUGCCGCAAAGGAGGCGAACCGUCACACAAAAGCAAGAUGGAGGAUCUCACAGUCGAAGUAUGCGGCGAAAACGGAGCGUAUUAUAAGGCCUUUGUCACCGACGUUUAUGACGACGAAGUUUUGGUAACUUUCGAGAAUGACUGGCAACCGGAAUCGAAAUUCCCAUUUGCUCAAGUACGUCUACCUCCAAAAGAUGGUUCCAAAGCAGAAUUUCAGGAGAACCAGGAGAUUGAAGUAUUCUCUAGAUCUAAUGAACAGGAAGCGUGGGGAUGGUGGAAAGCACUUAUCAAGGUGCGCGAAGCAACUAUGAGUAAAGGAGGUUUCCAAGUGGUCGAAUACUUGGGAUGGGAAUACACAUAUACCGAAAUUGUAGCUAGCGAGCGACUGAGAGCCAAAAAUCCAAAUCUCCCUAUUGACAAAAAUACGUUUCACAAGAUCGAAAUUGAAGUACCUGAAGAGCUCAGAGAGUUUGCGAAAAUGGACAAUGCACAUAAGGAAUUUCAAAAAGCGAUAGGGGCGGCAGUGUGCCGAUAUGUGCCUGAACGAGGAGUACUGCUGGCCAUCUCCCGUCAUGAAAAUAUACAUCGUCACAGUAGCAUGCUCCAAGAAAUGCACUUUAGAAACUUAUCGCAAAAGGUUUUGCUGUUGAAGAGAACAGAAGAAGCAGCACGUCAACUUGAGUCCACUAAACUUCAAACAAUAGGGGGCAAAUUUAGAUCUUCAAACUUUAUAUAUCAGCGUGUCUCAGACUUUGAGGCAGGAGUGAAAACAAAUUCAAGAUACACUGACGAAUUUAAUGUUCGGGAAGAUCUUAUGGGACUGGCUAUUGGCGCUCAUGGUGCGAACAUUCAACAAGCACGAAAAGUUGAUGGCAUUACAAAUAUAGAAUUAGAAGAAAAUUCAUGCACAUUUAAGAUAUACGGAGAGACGCAUGAAGCCGUCAAGAAAGCUCGAUCUAUGCUGGAGUACAGUGAAGAGUCUAUACAAGUCCCACGGAUUUUGGUAGGAAAAGUAAUUGGGAAAAACGGUCGCAUCAUCCAGGAAAUAGUCGACAAGAGUGGUGUAAUAACAACUGGCUCGAGUGGGAAUAUACAUGUUGAUAAAGUAAGGGUAAAAAUAGAAGGAGACAACGAACCUCAACCAACGAUUCCACGAGAGGAGGGUCAGGUGCCCUUUGUCUUUGUUGGCACUGUUGAAAGUAUCGCCAAUGCCAAAGUUCUCUUGGAAUAUCAUUUGGCACACUUAAAGGAAGUAGAGCAACUUCGACAAGAAAAAUUGGAAAUUGAUCAGCAGCUGCGAAGCAUGCACGGGUCGACCACAGGACCAAUGCCCAGUUUUCCUCCGACAAGACGAGGAAUGGUUGCAGGACCCGAGGAAGGCGUCAGCGGCCGUGGUGGUCGUGGCGGUCAGUCCCGAGGACGUGGCUCCCGAGGACGAGCUCCCACCAGACACAAUGCCGGAUUACGUAGAGAUACUUUAGACGGCGGUGAGGAUCGUGUCCGGGAUUUACCACCGAGAGGUGGUCAUCAGGGAGGUACCGGUAAUAUAGGGUAUAUGGGUGGCAGGCAAGGUCGCCCUCCAACCCAACGUAGAGACCGUAGAGACGAACGUCGCCGCACCACCGAUGAUGAAGACACUGUUCUAGACAGCCAAGAUGUUUCCAGCAUUGAUAGAGAGUCGGUAUCGAGUGUGGAAGGAGGACCUAAAGGAAUAAGACGGAGGCGAAUUAGGCGCUCACGACAACGGAGCUCGACGCCAACGAACAGUCAAACAGGCAGUAAUGCCGGCCCGUGCGAUCAAUCAGCAAUGAACAGUAAGGAAGGAACACCGGCAAACGACGUUUCCGUGUCGAACAACAGUUCCCAAGGACCUAAAGGCCAAAGAGAACAUCGGUCUCGUCCUCCCCGUAUGCAGCAGAGCAAUAAGCCUAAGGAAGCUCUGGUUAAUGGUACCAGUGGCUAAGCAACCGUCGCACGGCCGACAAUUGCUACUAACGUUGCUACGUUACACCUGAUGAGAGCUAUUAACUCCCAGCACGUAACAUGACGCAUACCGACGCAAGGACUACACGAUUAUGGAACGCGACAUGAUUAGUCUACGCUCGUUGUUAAGACUGUUUGCUACCGAUAAGAAAUACGACAGUUGUUUAAGAAAUCGUCAUUCUCCUUAAACACAUUUAAGGACACAUAUUAAUAUCCAUGCAUGGUUUAGUUUAAUGAUGGUAAUUACGCUGUCAUGUUUGAUAUAUGGAUACAUUCAUUGGGAGAUAGAGGAUAGAUUUUGGUAAGAAGGAUUCCCUGAUUGUGAAACUGUGCCUCAUUUUUAUACCGAGCUCCUAACUUAUGUGGCAGUGCUUUGGACGUGCCGUACGGUACACCUCAGUCACUCGUUAACGUUUAACGAUCCGAUAUUAGGCUGGAUAAUCGCGGCUCGUACGUCAAUUAUCGCUCUGGAUAGGUUUCAUCUAGGUAUGUCGCUUAGUACUUACCAAGUAAUUCGAUAUAUUUGUAGAAACACAAAUUUCAUCGGGUACUUGAUCCACCUCGAUCUAAUUUGAUCUGCUUUAAUGAUGUCGUGUUUAUAUAACAAAUUGUUCGACGUAUCCUUCAUGAGUAUCGUGUAAAGUAGAGUGCUUCGGUUAUUUUUAUUGACAACUUCGCUACUGACACUCGAUGAUAAUUCCGUGAAAACUGGAACGAAUGCGACAUAACUCAGAUGCAACUCGAUGUGGUGCAAGGAAAACGGAUUUCCGUUGUUAAUCGUAACAAUGGUGGGCGGCAGCUGAAACAAAUUCUGAUUCAAAGGUGUUCCCAAUGAUGUUCCUUUCUAUUUUUCGUGAAGAAAUUGAGUUUUUGAUUUACAAUUAUUAAUAAUAAAGUUAUUUAACGACACUAGAUUUUUAUGUUUCAAUCCUGAGUGUUGAUUAAUAAUAUCAUGAUUGCGAAAAUGACUUAUUCGAAUGUAACGAUCAGAUGUGCACAAGGAGUCGGUUUUUAUUUCCGAAUACACUUCUCACGUAAUUUAGUCUUUUCUUUUUCUCUCUUUUUUUUCCUUUUUUUUUACUACAGUCUAUAAGCAUACUAUAUCAAAGUUUAGGAUUUGAUAUCGAGUUCGUUUCUGCAUUGUUUCACAUGAUUUAAAAAGAAAGUAAACGUAUACUUAGUAAUACCAAUGUAUGAUGUGCCAGAGAAGGAAUGAUACAUGUUUUAUGAUAUCUAGCUAAAGUGCAGACUUAGCGCAUACCUUUAUUACUAUAAUACUACUUAGUCGAAAUGUGGAUGUCUGAACAAAUAAACUAGCUUUACUAUACUAAGCUAUAAAAUAGAUAUGAUCAAUUGUUUUAAAUUGAUUAUCAAUAUUAUUAAAAAUCAGUUAUCAAUUUAAAACAGUUGUCUCUUCUUCCGGAUAUGACAACAACUAAUCGGACGUGUCUCAUGAAUUUUGCAAAAACACACGGCGGUUGAUGCAAUAUAUUGACACCUAACAAAACAGCUGCCAUUUUAUCUGAAUAUUCUUAUGGCAGCCAAAAAAACUGAGGAAUCCCCCAACUUGCUUGUUUCAGAUACAUUUGUAUUGAUUGCAAUUUGUGCAUAAUUUAAGAAUAAAACAUUUCUGUACAUAGA